AUGGCUCCGCUGUGGCUCCUGGUCCUGCUGGCCACGGCCGCGCUCUCCCGGGCCACCUGGGACUCCUGCGACGGUACCUGCGGUCUCCAGCCCAUGGCCGAGGAGUUCGGCGGUGGCUCCGGGGCGGUUCCCGGGGCCUGGCCGGGGCUGGCGAGCAUCCAGGACCCGCUGCGGGCCGGCAGCGGCCACGUCUGCGGCGGGAGCCUGAUCGCCCCCGGCUGGCUGCUGACCGCCGCCCGCUGCCUGCCCCGCGCCCGGAACGUCAGCGCGUGGCGCGUGGUGCUGGGCGCCACCGACCUGAGCGACCCCGGGCCCGAGGCGCAGGUGCGGCAGGUGCGGCGGGCGCGGCGGCACCCGGGGCUGGACGUGGCGCUGCUGCAGCUGCAGCCGCCCGCGGAGUGCAGCGACUUCGUGCAGCUGGGCUGCGUCAGCCGGGCCGGGCCAGAGCCGGAGGGGAUCGGGCCCUGCUACACCGCGGGGUGGGCGGCGCUGGCCGGGACAGCCCCGCCCCGGGAGGUGCUGUGGGAGGCGCAGGUGCGGCUGCUCCAGCCCGAGCUCUGUGACGGCGCCGGGACCACGCCCUUCCUCCAGGUGUGGGCGGAGCACUCGCGGGGCGGCUCCGACACCUGCCAGGCUGACCCGGGCGCGCCCCUCGUGUGCCGGUUCCGGGGCUCGGGCCGGUUCUGGCUCCUGGGGGUCACCGCCGGCAGCCGCGGCUGCGUCUUCACCCCCGCCUGGCUCUUCAGCCGCUGGAUCCUGCGGCAGCUGGCGCCCCCCGAGACCCCCGGCACCACCAGGAGCCCCGGGACCACCGGCGGCACCCGCAGGACCGGCGGCACCGGCAGGACCGGCGGCACCGGCAGGACCGGCGGCACCGGGAGUGCCGGCGGCGGCGGCAGCGGCGGGAGCGGCCCGGAGCGCUCGGAGCCGAGCGUGGUGCUGCUGCGGUUCUUCUCCGUGGUGCGGGACCUGCUGCGCUUCCUGCGGAACACCGUGGGCUGAGAGCGCGGGAGUGACCGGGGCACCGGGCCGGGAGUCACCGGGGCACCGGGACAGGCACUCCCGGUGCGCCGGGACGGGAAUUCUCUCCCGGGAUGAGCAUUCCCGGUGUCCCAGGAUGUGAAUUCCCUCCCGGGACGGGAAUUACCGGUGCACCAGGACGAGAAUUCCCUCCCGGGAUGAUCAUUCCUGGUCCCUCGGCAUGGGAAUUCCAUCCCGGAGGGGCACUCCCGGUGUUCCGGGGUGGCAAUUCCCUCCCGGGAUGGAAAUUCCCGGGACAGGAAUUCCCUCCCGGGUUGAUCACUCCCGGUGUCCCGGGAUAGGAAUUCACUCCCGGUGUCCCGGGCUGAUCAUUCCCGGUGCCCCGGUACCGGGAAUUCCCUCCCGGGUUGAUCACUCCCGGUGCCCAUCCCGAGGGGCGGCCCCGCCCCCCCCGCGCUAUUUUGAAUAAAUUCCCGCCUUUUGCUCAUUCCC